GCAGCAGGGCUUUCGCACGGGAUUACCUACAUCGUAAAAUAGGCCACGCCAUUAUUACUUUCCCAGACCGCAUUCAUUGACGCUACCAACGCGCCUCGUUGUCGAGAAAGAUUCCACGCGGCUAAUUGUAGCGCUCCAGACUUACUCCGGUACCAGGAUCUUCACUCGAUAUGCCAGAGACAUCAAUCUUCUACUCGGCAGCACCCUACCACAUCAUUAGCUAUGGUGUGCUCCUGGGCACGACGACUUUCCAAUCGUUCGUGGGCGGUAUCGUAGCCUUCAAAACGCUUCCUCGACCUCAGUUUGCGACCCUCCAGCAAGCGACAUUUCCCAUAUACUUCGCCAUGCAGACCGCCUUGCCCGUGGCUCUCGCGCUGACCUUUCCUGCCGAGAGGACUGCGAUCGGAACAAAUCCGGCGAGCAUGGCGGGCGUGCUCCUCCCAGAAAACAGGCUGCACGUAUUCACUCCACUGGUGACCAUGCUCGUCUCGGGACUGAUGAACAUGGCAUACCUCGGCCCGGCAACGACCAAAUGUAUGCGGGAGAGGAAACACCAGGAGACUAAGGACGGGAAAAAGAGCUAUGAUCCGCCGCCGCAUAGCGAAGAGAUGCAAGCACUCAAUAAGAGAUUUCAGACGCUGCAUGGCACAUCUUCGUUGGUGAACCUGAUGUCAUGGGUUGCUAUGGUCUGGUACGGCUUCUAUCUCGGCCAAAGGAUUGCCUGAAGAUGCCCUACAACCUGACGGCGGUCAAUUCAUGCUACCUCCAGAUGUUCUCCCUCGGUCGCCUUGUCAGUAGCUUCAGCAUUCGUCCCUUUCUCUGCCUGCCUGGACUUGACCCUUUCAACUCCAAUAUCCUUUAGACUGCGUCCUUCCUGUCGAAGUCUCUCAAGCUCAUUCGCCUGAUACGCAUACUCUGCUCUUUCCGCCUCGCUCAUUUCGGGUCCCAAGAACAAGAACAGAAUCUGAUAUGCCCACACUGCGCCCAUGAAGAUCCCAAUCACCUUUCCAUAGUCGAAGCGCUUCUCUCCAUUAUGUGGUGGAAGUGGAUACCGCUCCCCGAUAACUGCUUGAAUGGUCGCGGACGCCGACGAUGCCAAGUUACCCAGUUGAUAAGUGAGUCCAACUGCCGUGGUUCGAAGAGCCUCC